AUGCAACCACCAAUUAUGCCCCCGCGAGCGGAGGAGCUGCUUGCCCCUUUGCUGUCAUCAUUACCAGCAGCCUCGAUAUCACCACAACCACCAACGGCGCUGCUCCCUCUCCUCUCCCCGAUCCUGCGGCAACGAGUCCAGCUCCUCUCCUCAACCUCAACCUCCUCCUCCGAGCCUUGGCUUCCCCUCCUCUGCUACGACUCUUCGCAAUCCUCCAAACUGCAAUCCCUCGUGCGCAACGAGCGAUUCGAGCCACAUCCCGUCUCAGGAGAAGUAGAAAUUGACUGGGAGACCGAGCUCAGCACAUCCUACAAGCGCAUCGACACCGAAACGCUGCAAUCCCUCAUCACCCUCCGCGAUCUCCAGCUAUGCGUAAAGCUAAUCUGGUGCACAAACGACGAGCUGGGUGGCGGCGACGGGUGGAGAAUCGGCGAAGUGUCUGUCUUCAACCCCUCCGACGAUGAAUGGGGCUUCGAAAGCAUAGGCCAAGCCGGAGAAGCCUUCCACUCGCAACCCUCCUACCACUACAACAAUCUCAAUUCCUAUAACCGCACAAAUGGCACAAAUCCCCUGCUCACGCCUGAAGCGGAGGAGGAAGACGCUGACGACGCUUACUGGGCCCAGUACGAUAAUACGCCGGCCAGGACACCAGCUCCGAAAGCCAGUCCCGCGCCGCCUUCACUACCCGCUAUACAGAGAGAGGCCGUGAGCGUUGAGGAUGAAGAGAGUUAUUAUGCGCAAUACGCGAGCGUGCAGCCGGCGAUGGAUAAUCACGAUCCGGACGAGGCUCAGCAGAACGGAGACGUUGGAUCGAGCUUAGGGCAGGAUGAGAUUGCGCGGGAACUGCAGGAGAGGAAUGUGAGGCAGUUCUCGCACCCGACGGUCGAUCAGGAGCACGAGUUGCAUAGUUCGAGCGCGGCGUGGAGCGAUGACCUUGCUGCGCAGGUGUAUAUGAAUGGCCAGGUGCAGGGAAUGGAUGGUAUGGACGUUGACCAUAUGGAAGGCCUUGCACAUCCUCGACCUGGCUCUAGCACUGGAAGCAGCGGGAGCGACACAGUUGAGAAACUUGAGCGGCGAGCCGCAGCGAGAGAUAGUCGCGAGCAGAGUGAGACAGGCAUAAAGCAGCACAUUGGAACGAGCAUCAAGAGUCUGUACCGCCUGGCAAAGGUGGCGGGCAUCGAUAGGGCGGAAUUCGAAAGGCUUGUGAGGACAGAGCUGGACUGCUUGGCGCUGAUGGAUGAGGAUGAUGUCUAA